CCACAAAAAAUUCCACGACGCCGCGAGAUAUCUUCUUCUCCCUUCAAGAACUCCAUGGAAAUCUCUCGUGGCCUCCUGCGAGCGAGCCGCGACGACGACGACGACCUCGCGAGUCCGCAAGAACGCCGCGGCGACUGACCUGCUCUGCUCGGCUGCUCGCCAUUGAUUUUCUCUGUCUGCUCGGCUGCUCGCUUGCUUGCGCUGUCCAGUUUAGCUCUGUCUAGCUAGGUAGACUGCGGCCAUGGCGGCGGCGGUGGCGUCGUCUUGCUGCGCCUCGACCAGCGCUCGCCCACUGGUUCGCCGCGCCGGGAGCAGGAACGGGAAGCUGUGGUGGGCGGGUGGUGUCAGGAAGGCGCGGCUGCUGUCCAUCUCCGCCACGGCCGCGGCGCCGUCGGGCGUGGACUACGCGGCGGGCACCGGCGCCGCCGCCGACGACGACGCCGUGGCUGCGCUCAAAGUCAAGCUUCUGAGCGCGGUGUCCGGGCUGAACCGCGGCCUCGCGGCGAGCCAGGAGGAUCUUGACCGCGCCGACGCGGCGGCGCGGGAGCUCGAGGCGGCGGCGGGCGGCGGCCCCGUCGACCUGGAGAGGGACGUGGACAAGCUGCAGGGGCGGUGGAGGCUGGUGUACAGCAGCGCGUUCUCGUCGCGGACGCUCGGCGGCAGCCGCCCCGGCCCGCCCACCGGCCGCCUCCUCCCCAUCACCCUCGGGCAGGUGUUUCAGAGGAUCGAUGUUGUCAGCAAGGACUUCGACAACAUCGUCGAUGUCGAGCUCGGCGCGCCAUGGCCGCUGCCGCCGGUGGAGCUGACGGCGACGCUGGCUCACAAGUUUGAGAUCAUCGGCACCUCGAGCAUAAAGAUCACAUUCGACAAGACGACGGUGAAGACGAAGGGGAACCUGUCCCAGCUGCCGCCGCUGGAGGUCCCUCGCAUCCCGGACAACCUCCGGCCGCCGUCCAACACCGGCAGCGGCGAGUUCGAGGUGACCUACCUCGACGGCGACACCCGCAUCACCCGCGGGGACAGAGGGGAGCUCAGGGUGUUCGUCAUCUCGUGAUCGGACGGACGCGUUCGCGACAUAGGUAUGCGGCUUGCGAUUCUGAAACUGAAACUGAAGCGCACACACGGUUUUGUGUUCUUUCUCUGCUACUAGUAGAUCCUCACUCUCUUGAUCUGACCAUCUUUGUACUAUACUUCAGUAUUGUUCGUGCGUUCUGUAUUGUUAUAGAUUUUGCAGAUAUUCAACAAGUAGAGGGAAAUAUGUCAAAAUGAGAAAUCGAGGAAAAUAUAUUUCCAAAAGAAAAAUAUAGGUGCAUUCGUAAUGUUCA